AUGGCCCAUGGAAACCAGCAGGUACUUGCCCAUCAGAAAAACAUGAAGAAAACACAGGAGAUUAGCAAGGGGAAGAAAAGAAGAGAGUUUGUCUGCCUCCCAGAGAAAGAAAUCAUGCAACAAAAGCAGAAGGCUGCUAAUGAGAAGAAAUCUCUGAAGACAGAUGAAAAAAAUGAUCCACAGUAA